AUGGGCGAGUAUAGACGUGAGAAUCGCUGGUUUCACCGGGGACUGAUUUUGGAUGAUGCUGUUCACUUGUUUGCUAACUGCAUCGUCGACCAUGCGUCUGAAAUAAACAUCAAACUAGUAGAUGUAUAUCAGAAGAAAUUUUCAACGACGAAGAGAAAAUCAAGACACUUGCCUCCGGAUCCGCACUACAGAUACGUUCAAAUUUGUCCUGCGCCU